UUUUUGCCUCUCGGACAGGACACCAACUGACUGCUGGCUGCAAAAUGGAUAAUAAUGCUGGAAAUUCGGAAAAAUCUCACCUCAUAGACGAGAAGAAUGCCAAGACAUAUUCACUAAAACUGCAAAGCUCCUUUCCAGACUCCAAAGAACAUUAUUCAGACUUCCCUUUAAAGAAUGGAGGCAUGUCGGGCGCCAUCGAGCUGAAACGACCCGUCGGCGCUCACUGCCACGGCCCCAAAGCGUCGGCAUGCGAGGAGAGCGUGGACAAGCUGCUGGCCAAGAAGAAACUCUACAUCGCUUCAGCAGUCUGCCUCGUCUUCAUGAUCGGCGAGGUCAUAGGAGGCUACCUGGCCCACAGCCUGGCCAUCAUGACUGAUGCGGCCCACCUUCUGACAGACUUUGGCAGCAUGAUGGUGAGCCUGUUCUCCCUGUGGAUCUCCUCCAGACCGCCCACCAAAACCAUGAACUUUGGUUGGCACAGAUCAGAGAUCCUCGGGGCAUUCAUCUCAGUCAUGUCCAUCUGGAUCGUCACUGGAGCUCUGGUCUAUUUGGCCAUUGAGAGGAUCGUACGUAACGACUAUGAGAUUGAUGGACACGUCAUGCUGGUCACCUCUGGCUGUGCUGUCAUCGUCAAUAUUGUCAUGGCGUACAUCCUCCACCAUUCGACCACCUUCCACGCUCACGGCAGCGGUUACCACCAGAUUGACGAGGAUGGUCAGAGCCCCGUGGUUCAUGGCCACUCGCACGCCCUCCUCGGCAGUCAUGGUAACACAAGUGUCCGUGCUGCCUUCAUCCACGUGGUGGGUGACCUGCUGCAGAGUGUCGGCGUCAUGGUGGCGGCGACCAUCAUCUACUUCCGGCCCGAGUAUAAAGUAGCAGACCCCAUCUGCACGUUCCUAUUUUCUGUCUUUGUUCUCUGCACCACUGUCACCAUCCUCAGAGACGUCUUUAGGAUACUCAUGGAAGGGUCCCCUAAAGGAAUCGAGUUUAACUCGGUGAAGGAGGUGCUGCUGUCUGUGAAAGCUGUGAAGUCCAUGCACUGCCUGCACCUCUGGGCUCUGACUCUGGGCCAGGCGCUGGUUUCUGUUCACCUGGCCGUAGAGGAGGGCACUGAUCAGCAGUCUGUGCUGCAGGAGGCCACUGACCUACUCCAUACCAAGUUUGGUUUCUACAGCAUCACCAUCCAGGUAGAGCUCUACUCUGAAGACAUGAGCUACUGCUCCCACUGCCAGGACCCCAGUGACUGAUAAACAACCAGAGUGGACUGGCCCCAGCAGGACAUGGACGACUAAGACACAUUGUCAUUCUCUCCUGGUGGUCUGGAGUCGUGAGGGAUGUAUUCACAGAGCAGCUUCCCUUCAAGGAAAGAAUUUUUUGGUUGUUUUUGCCAUUCAGUUUUAAAAGAUUUGACAGUGACAUUAUGCUUGUGCUGAUAGUAGAGUCCUGAUACCAAAGCUCCAUGCUAACGUGGAAUAUGCCAGUUAAUUCAAAGUCCUUCAAAAAGUUGUGGCAUGCUUUUUUUCCAUCACAAACUGAGACAAUUUCACAAGAAUCAUCAGUGUGAAGCUGUCCUUGGGGUUGCUGGUGCUAGCUUGUAAGGAAAUUUUCAAGAAUAAAGGAAAGUAGGGCCCUGAAAAAAAACAUAUUUUACCAAAAAUCUGACCUCUUCUAAUUAAUUUCCUCAACAAAACAAAGAUCACAUCACAAUACUAUUUAUAUAAGGACCACUAAUAUCUUAUUUCCAGUAAUAUGGUGCCAGUUCUGCUCUGUUCUACCUUGGUGCCUUUUAAGAAUCAGCCCACUGGUUAUCUGUAAAGUUACUGGCAGAAACUCGAGUACUUAUCAUGGAAAUAACUUUAUGUGGUAGCUCCUUCAUAAUGACAGAUGUCCAUCUUUGGGGUGAGAAAUUUCGUGGUGUAGAGAUGGUGCCCACUUUUGGUCACAAGUACCACUUUUUUUGGUGGAAAUGCCUGUGC